AUGCUUCGGUUCUCUAAGAUACCCUGGAGUACCUCCACAGUAAGCGGAUCCUUCAGAAAUAUCAAUUUCUGCAGAAGAAAUCUCACCACAGUCUCAAAACGACUCCAGGAACAGUCCACCAAAAGUGCCAGAGAACAUUACGCCCGUAUACAGCAACAACAAGCCCUGCAAAUGAAAAUACGCAACAGAAGUGCAGCCUACUAUGCCGGCUCGGUGAUCAUGAUCUUCGCCGGCUUGUCGUGUGUUGCUGUGCCCUUCUACAGAUACCUCUGUAAAAGAACAGGCUGGGGAGGUGUUCCCAUCACCGACUCGCGGGUAUUCACUCCCGAUAAGGUGAUUCCCAUUGAUACCAACAGACGUAUCAGAAUUUCCUUUACAUGUCAGGCUUCCGGUGUGCUUCCAUGGAAGUUCACUCCAUUGCAGAAGGAGGUGUACAUUGUGCCCGGAGAAACGGCCUUGGUAUUUUACAAAGCCAAGAACAUGUCAAAAGAGGAUAUCAUCGGUAUGGCCACCUACUCGGUGUCGCCCGACCAUGUAGCACCAUACUUCAACAAGAUUCAGUGUUUCUGCUUUGAGGAGCAGAGAUUGGCAGCAGGCGAGGAGGUGGACAUGCCUGUCUUUUUCUUCAUUGACCCGGAUUUUGCCAAGGACUCGGCAAUGAAGAAUAUCGAUGAUGUGGUUCUCAACUACUCAUUUUUCAAGGCCUCCCAUCUGGAUGAUGGUCUCUACCCGGUCCCUGUCGCAACUGUACAGGCCAACGUUUCCACCGCGUAA